AUGAACGACACGCGGAAAGGCAAGUCUACGAUGAUUGACAACGCCUGCGCCCAGCUUCAAUACAGUCAAGACAGUAACCGGCAAUACAGUCAACAGCGUAACCGAGAUCUCAACCGGCAAUACAGUCAACAGCGUAACCGAGAUCUCAACCGGCAAUACAGUCAACAGCGUCGAGAACAAUACGUAACCGUAACCGUGAUCUCAACCGGCAAUACAGUCAACAGCGUAACCGUGAUCUCAAACGGCAAUACAGUCAACAGCGUAACCGAGAUCUCAACCGGCAAUACAGUCAACAGCGUAACCGGCAAUACAGUCAACACCGUAACCGAGAUCUCAAUCGACAAUACAGUCAACAGCGUAACCGUGAUCUCAACCGACAAUACAGUCAACAGCGUAACCGAGAUCUCAACCGGCAAUACAGUCAACAGCGUAACCGGCAAUACAGUCAACAGCGUAACCGGCAAUACAGUCAACACCGUAACCGAGAUCUCAAUCGGCAAUACAGUCAACAGCGUAACCGAGAUCUCAACCUGCAAUACAGUCAACACUGUAACCGAGAUCUCAACCGGCAAUACAGCCAACACCGUAACCGAGAUCUCAACCGGCAAUAGUCAACACCGCAACCAAGAUCUCAACCGGCAAUACAGUCAACACCGUAACCGAGAUCUCAACCGGCAAUACAGUCAACACCGUAACCGAAAUCGACCAUACGGUCUUGCAUUGGGUGUUAUUGUCGACACCAUUGUCGACAUAAUAUACCAUUCAUUGAGACUAGUAGAGAAGAGUACAUGA